CCUAAGGCCCUUCAAAAACUUUGGGAUAUUGAAAUUAUUCUCAAAUUGGUGCAAAAGAAUAUUCUAUGAUGAUCUAAACUCAAUUUCCGCAACCCCGAAACAGCCUUGUUUUAUACAAUUCUUAAGCACCGCACCCACUUCUCAAAGAAGGAAGGAGCAGAAGAAUCCCAGGACUCGACUUGAGAGGAUCCUUCGUCGUUGCUUCCACUUUCUCUCUAUACCCAAAUCCAUAAUAAAGCUACAAAUCUUAAAUCAAUUUAGAUAGAGGGAAAAUGGAUAAGGUGACGGGUACAACAGUAGGUACGUCUGCAACAACGACAACGGGGUCUUCUGGGUCAUCUUCAAUUUUCACUAACUAUCCCCUUAUGUCUGCUCUCAUUGCUUUCGCUCUCGCCCAAUCCAUUAAGCUCUUCACUUCAUGGUACAAGGAAAGACGAUGGGAUCUUAAGCAACUCGUUGGAUCUGGUGGAAUGCCAUCAUCCCAUUCAGCAACUGUAACUGCUCUAGCUGUGGCUAUUGGUUUGCAGGAGGGCUUCGGGGAAGCGCUCUUUGCUUGUGCAUUGGUUUUAGCGUGUGUGGUCAUGUAUGACGCCACGGGUGUAAGAUUACAUGCUGGACGUCAAGCAGAGGUUCUGAAUCAAAUUUUAUAUGAACUUCCUUCUGAACAUCCUCUUGCAGAUAGCAGACCAUUACGAGAACUCCUUGGUCACACUCCUCCUCAGGUUGUUGCGGGUGGAUUGUUGGGAUUGAUGACUGCAACGGCUAUUCAUUUUAUCACUGGCUGGGGAUAUCGAGCAUGACAUUAAAUUAGCUGUGCUGGUUAUAGUUACAGUCCCUGAAAUACUUGACAAUGUUGAUCAGGCCAAAAUUGCAGAUAUGUCAUUUCACCUUUGAAUUGCCUUGGUUGGUAUUACCUGUUUUGCACAUUUAAGUAUUUCAGAUACGUCGUUGUCUCCUAACAGUUUUCAGAAGAACGGCAAACAUUCAUAUAGGAGUUUCACUUUACACGCUGUAAAUAAAUAUUGAUAAUUGAAUUGUAGCUACAAAGAACAUUAACCUGUAACUUGCCAUUCAUUCUUUUCAGGAAUUACUUAUAGAGUGAUUGUCGUAUA